AUGUAUCGACCUCUGUUUAUAUUUUUCACAAUUUUUCUUGGAUGUUCUUCAUCUGAUCAAAGACUAUCGUCCACAUCGAUUUCAUCGAUGAGCGGAUUGUCGAGCCCACGAAAAUGCGAGCUAAUCUCAAUCCCGAUGUGCAAGAACCUUGAUUAUAACCAAACAGUUUUUCCCAAUCUCCUCGGACAUACAACUCAGUCCGAAGCCAAUCCUGCCAUUUCACAGUUCAAUCCACUAAUCAAAGUGAAAUGUUCUGAAGAUAUUCGUCUGUUCCUGUGUACCGUAUACGCUCCAGUCUGUACAGUUCUAGAGAAACCCAUUCAGCCAUGUCGGGAAUUGUGCUUAUCAGCGAAGAACGGUUGCGAGUCACUGAUGAAAAAGUUUGGUUUCCAAUGGCCCGAUCAGCUAGACUGUAACAAAUUUCCUGUUAGUGAUUUGUGUGUUGGAAAGAAUUCUAGUGAAUCGAGUAGUUCUAAGAAGAGCAGCAGUGACGUCACAUUCGGUGUCUCCACAAUUGCUAAUGAAGUGGUUCUAUCUCCAAAAAUAUGCCCACAUGUCAUGCAUACCACCAGUGGUUCUCACUUUUCACUCCCUCUUUUGAGUGGACGUCUUCCUGAUUGUUCGUUGACGUGUGAAGCGGAUAAUCAGGUACCGAUGAUGUUCGACGGACGCGUGAGACGUAUUCUUCGAAUUUGGACUGCAGCCUGGUCUGUUGCCUGUUUCGUCUGCUCACUUUUCACACUUGUCACCUUCCUCGUGGAUUUGUCUCGAUUCGCCUAUCCAGUUCGACCAAUUCUUUAUUUGGCUUUUUGUUAUCUCGCGAUUUCGCUAGUUUACAUGAUUGGUGUCGUUGGUGAAGACGGAUUUGCCUGUGGAACUUAUGGAUCAACACCGAAAAUCCUAGUUACCCAAGGAGGAGAAAACGUUGGAUGCAGUGCUCUGGCCGUAGUCCACUACUUCUUUUUCAUGGCCAGUUGUGCAUGGUGGCUGGUUCUCUGCCUUGCCUGGUUCUUGGCUGCAAAUUUGAAAUGGGGCGCAGAAUCGAUUGCAGCACUAUCUCCAUAUUUCCAUGCCAUGUGCUGGGGAAUUCCUGCAGUCUUGUCGGUCACUGUUCUCGUCACAAACUCUGUCGAUGGAGAUGUUUUUACUGGAAUCUGUUCUGUUGGAAAUCUCAAUCCCUCAGCUCUCGUUUACUUCUUCUUCACCCCGAUUGUUGUUUCGUUGGCACUCGGAGCAGUCCUACUAAUCUGUGGAAUUUGGUCGAUGAUUCGAAUUCGAAGUUAUAUAAAACUGCAGCGCGCAGACGUCGAAAGAAAUAUCAGCAAGUUGGAAAAGUUGAUGUUGAGAAUCGGGGCUUUUGCUAUCAUGUAUUCUCUUCCAACUGCCAUGAAUGCUUCUAUUAUGUGGUAUCAGGCAGUGCACAUGCCAGCUUGGCUAGAAGGAUGGCUUCAUCAUCGAUGCGUUAGACUUCAAGAUCGAGAAGACUUUGGAUUCACAUUUACCAUUGAUGAGUGUCCAGGAGAUCCGAAAGUUGCAGCACCAGAAAUUAUUAUUUUCCUUUUGAAAUACGUAUCCCAAUUGGUUGUUGGAAUUACUUGUGCAAUCUGGGUCGUUUCCUCGAAAACACUAUCCAGCUAUCACAAAGCUUAUCUAGCUCUGUCAUCAAGGUCCCCUCCGGUUCCGAAUCAUCCAGAUCAGGUCAAUUUGCGGUGA